UGUAGUUUGAUUGACUCCGUUAUGAACGACAGACACAAUGGACAAAGUCAUUUUCUUCUUCUGUGUAUUUUCUUGUUGGAUUAUGCAAAUCACAUCCAAUGAUGCGUCAGUGCGAGGAUCUUCUGAUCUGUUAAGAGUUCAGACGGGAGAAAACAUCAGUCUGAACUGCAGCAUGACGAACCGAUAUGAAGUCGCCUGGUAUCACCUCAAAUCUGGAGAACUGGAUCUACUGAUUGCAGCAGAGAAGGACGAAAAAGGAAGAAAACUCCUGACCAACUAUAAUCUAUAUGCUACUCGACUGAAAAUGACUGCAGAUGCUUGGGUCACCAGAGCCACGCUGGUUAUUUCUGGAGUCACAGAGUCAGAUUCUGGUCUUUAUUUCUGUGGAACAAAGUCUGACGCUCCAGAGAUGCACUUCAACAAACCCAUCAGACUAGAGAUCGAGGGUCUAUUUGUAACAGAAAAACCAAAAGAAGUUGACAACACAGAUGGAGUGACUACGAAAGAGAAAGCAUUGAUGUUAGAGGAGGUGACGCUGAUGGAGCGUGUGCUGAUGUUCGGUGGUGUUGGUCUGGCUGUGUUUGUGUUUUUUCUGGCUACAGUCGUCGCAGGAGGAAUCAUUCACUAUCACGGUUGGCAGAAAGGAUGGGCCGCAGCCAAACGUUCAUCUUUGACUCAGCACAAAUCAGCUAAAUGACACAUGUGCUUUAUUCUACAAUCAGAGCUUUGCACCGUCAGCUAAAUCAGCCUUGCUUUAAGUUACCACAAAUGAAAACAGAAAACUGUUGAGAUGUUAAGGCAAAUGCCACCUUUUUCAGCACCGGUGAAACUUAAUUGUCAUUUAUUGUUGUGGUUAUUAUUCAGGUUUCUGUGGUUCAUUUGUGCUUGUCAAUGAGAUUCAGUUAAAUCUAAAAGUAUUAUUACUGCUACUGUUUUAAUGCAACGUAAUUCAAUAUCAAUAUCAAGCUAGAGUAUAAUGUUUUAAGCUUUUUUACUUUAAUAUAGAGAUUGAGCCAAUGUCCUUAUUCAAGAAGAACAGCAAACAGGUUCUGUCACGGCCAAUUCAAGCAAACAUAUGCUUUCAUGUCAUUAGACCAGCAGGACUUGUAUUAAAGUGUCUGGCUCUUUAGACGUACAGUUAUCUAGACUAGCAUUAAUAUGCACAUGCAAACUUUCUUCAAAAGAAAAUCUAAAUGUAAAUCUCUUCUGUGGCACAUAAAUCUUGAUUAAAUUAAAAUGUCAACAUAUGUCUUAAUGUUAAAUGUAUUAUUUAGAGUUCAAAUAAACAGGAGUAAAACAGAGAAUUAUAUGUGGCAGUUUGCUAUUGAAGCUCCGUGUAGCUUUGUUUUUCUGUUGGAAUCUCUAUCUUACUUUCACUCUCUGUUGCUUGAACUGCUAAAAUAU